AGCGCGGGAGCGCUGGGCCCCGGCCCCUUCUCCUCUUUGAGCCAAACGCCAAAUCCCUCGUCUACUGAGUAUGAGGUGAAAUUGCAACGUCUCUGCUGCUGAACCGUUCCACACGACCGGGGCAACCGCAUCACGCCUGACGACUUGGAUGCGAGUCUAUUCUUGGCGUGACAUCCACACAAAAGGAUACUUCAUCACUCAAACAGGGAUCGCAACGGGAGCCAAGCCAAUGUUUGUCAAGAUUUUGAUUUCAGGUCGUCCGGCCACCUUUGGCGAAAUGGCCAAAGGUAUCUCCAACUGCCUCUCCCCAAGGUAUCAUAGUCCACAACCAACUUCUAAACCAACUCGAUCCGAAAUGAAAUGCCCUUAUGCUGACAUGUUUCUGUCGUUCCCCUCUACCUCGCGCUCGAACAAAAACAAACGCCUCAAUGUUUGCGCGGGGUCGUUGCAGUAAACAGCAUCCUCCCCGCGUAGCUCAGUCGUGAUAAGGAUCGUGUCGAAGGUUA